AUGAAUGCUCAAUUGAAUAUCAAUAUCUCAUACCAUCAGGCAUGGCGUGCGAAGCAAUAUGCAUUGUUGUUGUUAAGGGGUACGAAAGAGGAUUCUUUUACCAAACUUCCGGCUUAUUUCCACAAUUUGGUCAAACAUAAUCCGGGUACGGUGACACAUAUUAAAACAGAUGGUGAUGAUCGCUUUGAGUUUCUUUUCACCGGAAUUUACCAAUAUACCCUUGACCUAAUAAAAACCUUAUACACAUGCUACGCAAACCCACAAAAACAGAGACGCCUCCAUUGCUUCUCACGUUCGUCGGCUCCUCAAGCGAGUCCUGCCCUGCUCGCCGCCGUAUGCCAUCGCCUCCCCUGUGAAGCCACCGGCCGGAGACCCUGGCACCCAACAGCUAAGCCGGAGACCUUCCAACCCUACAGCUACAGAUUGUUAGGUAGCAAGCUUCCCUCCAAAGUCGGGUUAUCAAUGACGUCCAUUCAAUCAUCAUCAAAGAAGCGAAAGAACAAAGGGUUGGGAGACAACAAUAAGAGGAAGAAGAAGCAUCAAGAUCUUUCUGAUGUCAGAAAACUGGGUGAACAGCUGCUCUCAUCAAGAGCUCACAUUAACAACCUUCCUCUUUUACUUAAUUUCCUCGAUCUGAAGUCCUCCUAUCCUCGUGAAUUCCUUCUUGAAUCUCUUCUUUCUCUCCAAUCCUUCUUCACCCCACUUCUUCCCCAACUUCCUUCUUCUUCAGCUAAACCUUCUGAAGAUCCCGAAUCGAUUUACCAGACAUGGGUUCGUUCUAAAUUUGAUGACUUUGUUCAAUGCCUAAUUCAGCUAGCACUUUCUCCAUCACUUGAUGAAGAAGCUCUCAGAGAAGUGGUGAUGGAUACUUUGAUGGAGUGUGUGAAGGUUGGAAAUGCAGGGACCUUUCAUUCUUCUAUAUACCAUAAAUUCAUCCAUAGCCUGGUUUACUCCACAGAUGAGUAUGAUACUUUGUUAAAUUUGCUUGUAACAAAGUAUUUCAAGUACAUUGAUGUCCGCUAUUUUACUUACAUAAGCCUGGAAAAGAUAACACGAACACUUGAUGUCAAAGAUUGUCAAGACACUGAUCCUGAAAGUGCAAAUACCAAAUUAGAAAGUCCAGCAAGAGCAAGUGGGCAGCUUUUAGUCCGCAAUAUACAUCAUGUGAUAUCUAAGAUACCACCCCUUGAACAACUUGGUGAAAAUUCUGAAUAUGAAAUGUGGAAUGGAUCAGGUGUUUUCUCCAAAGAAGGUAAAACAAAAUCCAAGAAAACCAAGGGAACAGAAGAAAAACAGGGUGAGGUCAAGAAGUCUAGCAAUGAUGUUGCAUCUUUGGCUAAUAUUUCCAAAAAGAUGAAGUUGAAAUUCUCUAAAGCAUGGAUGUCAUUUCUUAGAUUACCACUUCCUAUUGAUGUCUACAAGGAGGUUCUUGUUGCCCUUCAUCAGACAGUGAUCCCUUAUUUGUCUAAUCCCAUUCUGCUUUGUGAUUUUUUGACAAGAUCUUAUGACAUUGGAGGUGUUAUAAGUGUUAUGGCACUUAGCAGCUUGUUUGUUCUUAUGACAGAACAUGGUUUGGAGUAUCCCAAUCUUUAUGGGAAGCUUUAUGCUCUUCUAGAACCUUCUAUUUUCAUAGCAAAACACAGAGCCAAGUUCUUCCAACUUCUUGAUUCAUGUCUGAAAUCGCCACUUCUUCCAGCUUAUCUAGCUGCUUCUUUUGCUAAGAAACUAAGCAGGCUAGCACUUACAGUCCCUCCUUCUGGAGUCCACCAGGAGGAUGAUGGUGAAACGGUCAAAUCAGGCAUCGAUCAUUUCAACAAUGAGGAAACCGAUCUUCUUAAAACCAAUGCUAUGAGGAGUUCUCUAUGGGAAAUUGACACCCUGCGCCACCACUACUGCCCUCCUGUGUCUAGAUUUGUUUUGUCGCUAGAAAGUGAUUUGACAGUUAGAUCCAAGACAACCGAAGUUGCUAUAAAGGAUUUUAGUUCAGGUUCAUAUGCAACCAUAUUCAAAGAGGAGAUAAGGCGGAGGGUUAAACAAGUACCCCUGGCAUUCAACAAGACCACACCUACUUCCUUGUUCUCAGAGACUGAUUUUUGCUGGUUGGAUUUUCCAAUCAAGUGAUUGUUAACAAAGACACUCUUAUAAUAGGAAAUUGAUGCUUCCAUUUUUUUUUACUUGUUUUGUUGUCAUUUAUUAUUAUUAUGUAAUACAUGAGUUUUAAGUGAACUAACUUAUCGAUGUGAUGUGAUUGACAAACAUUUGACAACAUCAUGUCAAAUAUUAUGUAUGGAUACUGUAAUGUACAGAAAUUCAAGGGA